AUGGCUCGCGCUCGCUCCACCUCGUGCUCGUCGUCCCCCGGCAGGCCCGACAAGCCCGUCGUCGCCCUCGCCGCUCAAGCGCCAAGCCGUCCCGCCUCGACGCCCCACUACCAGCGCGCCCGGUCGCGCUCCCUCUCGGGCCAGAGCCUCGUCCGCAUCGUGAGCCAAGUCGCCUCGGCCUCGUCCAGCACGGGCAGCCGCGGCGUGAGGUCCACCUCGCCCGAGCUCGUCGAGAUGGUCACCCCGACCACUUCGUCCUCGAGCCUCGAACCUGACGACCCUCAGCAGCGCCUCCCCGUCCACGUCACGCACCAGUGGGUCCUCCAGCCGAUCCUCGCAGGCCCGACUCGUCCCGAUGGCGCCCUUUCGCCCUCGACCACGCCGUCGAAGGUACAGCACGCCCGCUUCCCACCCGCGUCCACCUACCCGCCGCGUUACCCCUCGCCGUACGCGCCCCGCACCAGCCCCGAGUUUGUCGACACCUCGACCACCGCGUGGCCGCCGUACCCGACCCCGCCCUUCACGUCGGGCUUGCCCGGCGCGAGCCCGUACCCGUCGCCGGACGCCUAUCCGCUCAGCUCGUUCCCGUUCCCGGCCGUCUACGACAGCUACGAGGCGCACGUCGAGCCGUACGCGCCUUACGGUCCGACCACGGCCUCGCCGCCGUUCUACACGCACUACCCGCCGCCGGCGUGCGUCCCGUACGGCCCGACCUCGACGCCCUUCUUCGACCCGCCAACGACGCCCGUCCUUCCGCUCUCGCCGCCGACCCACUACGUCCCUCGUCCCGACAUCGGUCACCCUCGUCGCGGCAGUGCGCCCGCCGUCGUCGCCGGUCCAGCUCCGUCGGGCUCGCCGGCGCUCGGCCUCGGCUUCGGCGGCGGCGUCGGGCAGCGCAGCCCUCGCACGGCUCGAGGCGGGUCGCCGAGCCUGCGCGACCUCCUCGACAGCGGCGAGCACAUCCCGAGCCGAGGCAGGGUCAAGUUCUUCAACGCGCGCAAGGACGAUAACUGUACCUGCACCUGA